ACAAACACCAUCCAAGUAAUUAACUUUAGUUAUAUACUUGACGGUGGUUUUAACUCAAUUAUCUCACCAACUUCCAAACCCACUCAUGAUUCUUAGGAAAUUCGGCGGCUGAAAUCAUCGUGUUUGGACUCUCUGUUGACAUUACAAACACCACUGGAUUCGAUUAUCAUCCCUACACUCAACUCCUGCAACUUCUUUCUUUCCAGAUCUUCAUCAAAUUAGACAAACAAGAUUCAGAUAACAAUCAUUUUCAAUCAGGUUUGGUACACCUUAAUCAAUGGUUGGCGGAUCUUGAACUUUUAAAUAGGGGUGGCCGGAAGUUUUAAAGAAAAAAAAUAGGGGGACACGAUACAUAUAAAUUUUUCGAUUCAGAUUGUUCUUUUGGUGAUGCUUGAUUUUUGACGGAAAUAGUUCACUUGUGGCCUAUGGGCAUCAAAGAUAUGCAUAGACGGUCGCGGUUAAGGAAGCCAACAUGGAUUAUUAUUUUGGUUUCAUUAGUUUGUGUGUUUUUAGUUGUGGCAUAUAUCUAUCCACCUCAAGACCCUACCGCGUGUUAUAUAUUGUCGUCUUCUAGCUGUCAGACGAUUUCUAGGUGGCGUUCACGUUCACCUCCUGAAAGAGAACCUAGUGAGGAAGAGACAGCUGCUCGUGUUGUAAUUGAGAAUUUAUUGAACACUCCUUCAAUCGAAACAAAGAACCCCAAGAUUGCUUUCAUGUUCUUGAGCCCCGGCUCAUUGGCUUUCGAGAGAUUAUGGGACAAAUUCUUUCAGGGUCAUGAAGGUAAAUUUUCAAUCCAUAUUCAUGCAUCCAAAGCCAAACCAGUCCAUUAUAGCCGUUACUUUCAGAAUCGUGAAAUUCACAGUGAUAAGGUAGAUUGGGGGAAAAUUUCAAUGAUUGAUGCUGAGAAACGACUUUUGGCGAAUGCAUUAAAAGACCCUGACAAUCGGCACUUUGUGUUACUUUCUGACAGCUGUGUACCGUUGCGCAGCUUUGAGUUUGUUUACAGUUAUCUUAUGUACACAGAUCUCAGCUUCAUAGACAGCUUUGAGGAUCCCGGUCCACAUGGAAGCGGGCGGUACUCGGAGCAUAUGUUACCUGAAAUUGAAAAAAAACACUUUCGGAAGGGUGCUCAGUGGUUCACAAUGAAGCGUCAACAUGCCAUCAUAGUUAUGGCUGAUAGUCUUUACUACAAAAAAUUCAGAGAUUAUUGUAAGCCUGGCAUGGAUGGGCGCAAUUGCUACGCAGAUGAACAUUAUUUGCCAACUUUUUUCCAUAUGUUUGAUCCGAGUGGGAUUGCAAAUUGGUCAGUGACACAUGUUGAUUGGUCGGAACGAAAAUGGCAUCCUAAAUCAUACGGGCUGAAGGGUCUUUCUUUGCAGCUCAUAAAAAAUCUCACGUCCAUCACUGAAAGUGUUCAUGAAACUAGCAAUGCAAAGAGGGUAACCACGAUUACGCCUUGCAUGUGGAAUGGUGUGAACAGGCCGUGUUACUUAUUCGCAAGAAAAUUCUUGCCCGAAACUUUGGACAAGAUGAUUGACCUUUUCCCGAGUUAUACGACAAUUUGAUUUUUUUUAGUCCUGAUUCUUUGGUCGGGUCAAAGUCAAAGCCAUUUGGUCCAAGUGGUUGACCUCGAUCGAUUUCAAACUUGGGUUAAGCUUAAGAACAUGUAAAGAUGAACAGUUGGGACAAGUUUAAGUUGACAGUGAGGAAAGGUUUCCAGAAAUCUGGUUGUGUUAAUUUUGGGGAAUUUAAUGUGAACUCUAUGUUUGACCUUUUUGAA